AUGACCAUCUUUACAGAACCUACGGAUCGUACGGACCGUACGGAACCUUCCAGAUCUUUAGAAUCCACGGGAUCUUUGGGUUCUGCGGGAUCUUUGGGAUCUGCGGGAUCUUUGGGUUCUGUGGGAUCUACGGGAUCUACAGGAUCAUCUGGCGCGCCCGGUACCAACGGUACGAGCUCUAUAUCUCCAUCUGUACCUGCAAAUGCUCAACUUCCCCAGAUCUGGAUGGGUGAACUCGACCAACGCUGGGAUGAGCUCACAAUUCGGCAGAUUUGGACUUCUCUGCUAAGUCCAAGGGGAAUUACCCUUCACUCUGUCAAGCUCAUAAGAGAUAGACAGAGCUCACAAAUGGGUCUGACAAAUGCGGGCUAUUGCUUCAUUCGAUUUUAUAACUUUGAAGAUGCCUCCAAAGUACUGGCCUUGUUCAACGGGAAGCCUAUUCCCGGUACAAACAACCAACGGUUUUUCCGACUUAAUUGGUCUUCUGCCAAUAUUCAAGCUGCUGCUGCUGCUUCUCAUACUCUUUCCGAAUCUAAUCCUGAGUUUUCCAUCUUCGUGGGUGAUUUGCCCCAAGGUGCUACUGAGCAUAUCCUUUUUGAAACUUUCAAAUCUAGGUAUCCUUCAUGUUGUGGAGCCAAAGUGAUGGUUGACCAGAAUACUGGUCACAUUAGAGGCUUUGGCUUUGUAAAGUUUCUCAAUGACGACGAAAGAUGCCGGGCAUUAGUUGAAAUGCAAGGCUUUGCUCUUCUUGGGAGGCCUAUAAGGGUUUCUCCUGCUACAAAAUCUGGCGAUGCUCAACCGCAGCAACAGCAACAGCAGCAACAACAACAAGAGCAGCAGACAUAUCAACGGCCAUCACAGAACCAUCUAUCCAUGGCUACAUCAAGCUCUAACGUUAUAACAAAUCGCUCGUCACCGGGACCUUCCACAACUUCUCUACAAGCAUCUGCACCAGCACAGGCAUACAGUGAUCCGUCUAACACGACAAUCUUCAUUGGAGGAUUGAACAUGCCUGUAUCAGAAGUACAGCUACGUGAGCUCUUUGCAAAAUUCGGCGAUAUUACCUACGUCAAGAUUCCUGCUGGUAAAAACUGUGGGUUCAUUCAGUUCUUCCAUCGUGCUAGCGCAGAGGCAGCACUGACCGAGAUGCAAGGGUAUGAUAUUGGUGGAGGCUGUAGGCUCCGUGUGAGUUGGGGUGCCCGAGCUGCUCAGCGAAUUUGGUUUGCACGCCAGUUAUUAGUGCAGCAACAACACCAACAGGUCGAACAGCAGCAACAGCAGCUUCUUUCUCAGCAGGGGCUCACACAGCAGCAAUAUCAACUGCUUUCUCAGCCUCAGCUGAAAAAUACUCCUGUAAGUGGUGUCGUCGAUGAUUCCAUGAACGGCAUAUACAACUUUCAACAGCAGGGAUUAGCUGCAUCCACAUUAGGACUCUCUGGAGGGCUUGUUGCAGACAACAUGCCGACGGCAUUUCCAGCUUCGGCGCAACUUAAUACAGAGCGUAUUCCUUACUCCACAAACAAUCACUCUAAUUCAUCGAAUUCCUCUGCAAAGGAAGAACUCAAGUUGAACAGCCUCCUAUUGGCAGCACGGGACGGGAACUUGGACCACCUGGAUAUAAACUCCAGUGUCUAUGGAUCAUCAGGACACUGCUGA